AUGUCUGCUUUCAUCAUUGGAUCAACCGGUUUGUGUGGUAACUUCAUUUUGAAACACUCUCCAGAGUAUUACAAGAAAAUCUUCAGUUUAGGUAGAAGUGAACCUGAUAAUGCAUCGGAUUCUAAAAUCCAGGUCAUUUUAGAGAAAGAUUCAACCAAGUGGGCUGAAAAACUUCAAGAGGUUGAAGGGCCUAUUGAUGCCUUCUUUUCAGGUUUGGGUACUACAAGAGCAAAAGCUGGAGGUCUUGAUAAACAAUACAAGAUUGAUUAUGAUCUGAACUUGGAGAUGGCAAAAGCCGCAAAGGCCAAAGGAGUCAAAAAGUAUGUCUUGAUUUCUUCUAUUGGUGCUUCCAGUGGAUCGAUGUUUCCUUAUUUGAAAAUGAAAGGUGAACUAGAAGAUGCUGUUCUUAAAUUGGAUUUUGAAAAUACCAUUAUCUUGAGACCAGGUAUUUUAUUAGGGGAAAGAAAAGAGCAAAAAUGGUUUGGGAAUAAAUAUUUUGGAAUAGUGGCAGGCUGGACAGCUGGUACACCAUUAGCUAGAUUCGCAAUGUCUCCAAUACAUGGUGAAGAUGUUGCACUUGCUGCUUUGAAAUUGGCAGCUAAACCAACCACUGAAAAAGUCACUAUUGUCACUGGUGUUGAGGUUAAUGCUGCUGCAAAGUAG